ACGGGUAAAAGCUCGUAUGGUGUUAAAACAGCUCGAUUUUCAGUUGGCUGUUGUGCCAUUGUGGAUAUAGUUGCUUCACAAGUUUGCUUUUCUUGUUUGAAUACUUAAAAAUGUGCGUUGUGUCGGAUACCUGUUUACAAACGGACACACUCUGGGUCAAUAAAGAGUCGCGGGGGAUAUGCAAGGCCUCGGUUUGAGCCAAGCGUGAUGUCGCUUUACAGUUAAAAAACCGGGAUACGUUAAGGUACAUUCUGCAACACCAAUAAGAGCAGGAAAAGUAGCGCGAGAGUAAUGUCGACCAAAACAAAUGCAAGUGAGACCGAAGACAGCUUCGAAGUUAUUAAAAACCACCAUAAGCAGGCGUUUGGGUAUAUAUCGAAGGCAGUGAAGAUCGAGGAAGAUGACACAGGAGAGAAGGAGGAGGCUGAGCAGUGGUACAAGAAGGGGAUUUCUGAGCUUGAACGGGGUAUAUUAAUAGAGAUCUCGGGUCAAGGAGAGAAGUAUGACAGAGCAAAGAGACUUCGAGAUCAAAUGCUCACCUACUUAGACAUGGCAAAAGACAGGCUUGCCCUUUUAGAGGCAACACUGGCCUCUAAAAAGAGAAGUGACCUCGGGGAGACAUCAACUCACGCCCUUCCACAACCAAAGUCAGCUCCUAAAAGCCCGCCUGUAGGACCCUCUACUGCUCGAACACCUCCAUCGAGACCAGCUGACCCAAAGACAAACCCUCAGAUGGGAAAAUCACAAAACAGAAGACCAGUGGCUGUGAAACAGCCUCCGAAGAAGGAUUUAAAAAAUUUCAAGAAUGUGGACAGCAAACUGGCCAACUUGAUUCUGAAUGAAAUUGUAGACGGGGGAGCAACCGUGUCCUUUGAAGACAUUGCGGGACAGGAUCUGGCAAAGCAAGCACUUCAAGAAAUUGUCAUUCUUCCUGCCUUAAGACCUGAGCUUUUUACUGGUCUGAGAGCUCCUGCACGUGGCUUGCUUUUAUUUGGCCCCCCUGGGAAUGGGAAAACCAUGCUUGCCAAAGCAGUUGCUGCAGAGUCUAAUGCAACUUUCUUCAACGUCAGCACUGCCAGUUUGACCUCCAAAUACAUGGGAGAAGGCGAGAAGCUUGUACAAGCGCUGUUUGAAGUAGCAAGAGAAUUGCAGCCCUCAAUCAUCUUCAUCGAUGAACUGGACAGCUUGCUUUGUAAAAGGAGGGAGGGCGAGCACGAUGCUUCUCGCCGUUUAAAAACUGAGUUCCUCAUUGAGUUUGAUGGGGUGCAGUCAGGAAACGAUGACCGGGUCCUUGUAAUGGGAGCAACUACCAGACCUCAGGAGCUGGAUGAAGCAGUGUUAAGGCACUUUGCAAAAAGAGUGUAUGUGACUUUACCUGAUGAGAAGACAAGAUUAACACUGCUGAAAAACCUUUUGGGAAAGCACGGGAGUCCACUGAGCCACAGUGACCUGUCCCAUCUUGCAAAAGCGACUGCAGGAUAUUCAGGAAGCGAUCUGACAGCAUUAGCCAGAGAUGCUGCACUGGGCCCAAUAAGAGAGUUGGGACCGGACCAAGUCUGUAUGACGCCUGCUAAUGAGAUGCGUAACAUCAAGAAGAAAGACUUUGAGGAUUCUCUGAAACGAAUCAAGCCCACUGUUAGUUCCACAACUCUUCAUAUGUACACCAACUGGAACAAGGAUUUUGGUGAUACGUCAGCUGUUUGAAUUUAACAGCUCACUCUUUAAAAUAAA